UGUCUAGGUGCGGGGCAGCGCUGCGGGGCUGGGGGUCUGCUCCUAGCGCAGUUGUUGCCUCGGGUGCUCGCCGUGGCCGGGGGGCCGGGCCGGGCCGGCUGUCCCGGGCGCUGUGUUGCUGGUGGAGGGGCAGCAGCAGCGAAUCUUGACGUCAUAGGUGACGUCCGCAGGCAGGUGGCUGUAGUCCUUGGUGCAGAUUGCCAUACCGGGAAGUCAGAUCCCAGGUAACUGGCACUUUCCAGGGCCGCAGACGAGUUGAUUUGGUUCAGCGCCCCCAGAUCUCAGUAAAACAAAGACAUUGAAAUGUAGCGAUCAAAGCGCAUUUGUCUUUGCGCUUUGCAGCUGUUCCGGCACCUGCCCAGAAUGGCUGCUCCCAUCCUUCCUAGGGGCAGUGGGGUAGAUGGAGCGGGGCAGGACACCCAGCUCAAAAACGAAGCAGCCAUGCAAAUGUAAAUCAGCUCCCCCUUAGUCUUGCACGUGGGUGACUGCUGCCCCCUGAGUGGGGGGGAGCACGUGCCCCCCCAGCAGCCAGUCAUCCACAGGGAGGUCCCUCGCGGCUAAUGGUGCCCACCGUGUGGGGGUCCCCCUGCAUCCAGCCUCACCAAAGGUGGGUGUGUGUUGGGGGAGGUCUGUCCCAUCCCUGCUCUGAUUUCUAGUGGCUUGUCUAACCCCCCGCCCCCAGCACCAAAUUCACCAACUGCAGCUAGAGUGCAAGGGAAGUCCAGGCAGCCCCUGACUGCCCAUUUCAUGGCUUUUUCAUGGCCCAUUUCAUGGCAUCCGGGAAAAGCGCAUUUCAUGGCUUUUCCCGGAUGCAGGGCAUGCUUUGCAAUGUGAUGGGGCCUGUGUAGGCCAACAGAGGCACAGCUAGGCUGGAAACGUGCUCUUGGAGGUUUCUGCCUGAAGGAGAGAGGCUUUGGCAGAUCACGGACACAUGUGCCCUGGGACUCCACUUGCCUCCCACCUGGCCCAGCCGGGGCCCCACUCCCUUCCUCACCCCAGGGGCCUUGAUCUGGACCCCGCUCCCCUGCUUCUUCCUCCGCAGACUUACCUGCUGGGGGGGUGCACAUGCAUGCCCCCGCACAUAAUUUUUUCUCCCUCUGCCCCCCAUCUUUCUCUCCCUGCAGACUGACCUGCUGGGCGGGGGGGAAUGGCACACGGUAGACCUUGGUUUGGACUUGCAUUCAAAAAGCAAUCUUGUCCUUAAAACUGCUUUAAGUGAACGUCCUUAUGCCUAGGGACUUGUGUUUGUCCCUUCCCAUUGGCCUCUGACCCUAACCCCUGGGACAGUCGAUACCAAGUCAGUUCCUCCCCAGCUGUAGCGAUUGUGCCUGACACUGCAGGGGGUUGUUACAACUGGGCAGGAGAAACUGAGGCAAGGGGGCUGGGAGCAGAGUGAGGCUGGGAGGGGCAACCCCCCCCCCCACUAGUGCCUCCCUGAGCCCAGCAGGGGAGGGGGAGGGUCUCCACCCCUUGGAGCAGCCCUGCCCUGCCCUGCCGGCUGCUGCCAACAAAGGGUUAAUGCAGGGAGAGGGGGAGCUGCAGCAGGUAUGACCUGUGGCUGACUCCAUGGUGGGAGGAGCCCAGGGUUUGUAUUGCAGCUCCCAGGAGCCCUGGAGACUGCAGGGAGGGAAGAGAGAGUGAGGGGCAUGGGGCAGGGCAGGGCUGGGCUGGGGGGGAGCAGGAGAUGUGUGCUGCUUUCUCUGCAGCCUUACACCUGGGGGCGAAGACCCUGCCCAUCCCCCCGGAGGAAGGUGGGGAGGGGGCUGCAGGGUUUUGUCCCCGGACCAGAGCCAGACCCCACCUGGGUGAGGGGCUCUGGGCCCUGACACGUGUCCAGAGGUUCUGGCUAGGAAGAGGCCCUGGGCUGUGGGGCUGGGCAGGAGGAGCUGUGCCCACUCCAGGUGGCCCUGGAGACCAGACACUGUCGGCAGGUGCCAUGCAUGAGUGCAGGGAGAGCGAGAGCCCAGGGCCCCGGCUGGGUGAGGCCUUUCCUGGUGGAGACAGUGGCUGCUGAGCUGAAGCCCAUGGCAGCUGUGGACCUUCCCUUCACAGCCUUGGUGCAGCCUGAGGUCGCAAUGAGUGGGGAGGCCGAGGAAGUGUCCUCAGACGAGAUGCAGCAAACUGGGGCACUGCAGGAACCUAGUGAUUCCUGGGCAGAGCUGCCAAAUGCCCAUUGUGCGGAAAGGCCUCUGGAGGAGUCAGGAGACAUGGAAAUCUCGGGGCCUUGGGACAAGCCACCUCACGUGCCCAGAGAGGAGCCCCUACCCCACCAGGAGUCAGACUUCCCUGAAACCAAGGAGACCUGGGAAUUGUCAGCACAUGAAAGCUGCUCAGGCUGGUGCCCCGGACAAGGCCCAGAAGCAGGUGCUGGGACCCUGGGCAAAACUGAGCAGCACUCUCCUGGCGAAGAACCUGUAAACUUGGAACUGCAGAGGACUUCCCCAGGGAGACUGGAGGAGAGGGCCUCCCUGACGCCUGAGCCAGGGCAAGUGCAGAAGAGGCAGGGCAGGCCUCCAAAGCAUGUGGGGAGCUUAGAGCUCUGGGUGGUGUUUGAGGACGUGGCUGUGUAUUUCACACGGAAGGAGUGGGAGCUGCUGGAAGAUGAAGACAAGGUGCUUUACUGGGAUCAGAUGAUGAAGAAUUACCAAACCCUCAUUUCCCUGGGAUAUCAGGGUCCCACACCUGACUUAAUCUGCAGCAUCCAGCAAGGACAAGUGGAGCUCUGGAUCUGUGAUGAUGAGGUCUGUGGGGAAAUCUCAAGAUCAGAGGACCUGCUGCCAGGAGGUGCCUGGCUGCUGAGCAGAGCUGAGGAGCAGCGUGCUGAGGAAAGGUCUGCAGACCUGGAACCAGCACAGUCUUCCCUAGCGAGUUUGGGUGAGAUGGACUCCCUGAGACCUGAAAAAGAGCCAUGGCACAAGAGUCAGGAGAGGCCCCAAAAGCAGAAGGAGAAUGUAGCAAUGAACCAGUACCAGUGCAUCCACCUGAGGAGGAAGACACACCGCUGCAGUGAGGGCAGGAAAAACUUCAUCUGCUGUCAAGACCUGUCCCAGCAACAAUGUAUGCAGCAUUGCUGCACCAAGUGUGGGAAGAACUUCACGAACCACUCCAACCUGGCAAGGCACUGGUGCAUGCACACAAGGGAGAAGCCACAUCAGCGCUCAGAGUGUGGGAAGAGCUUCACCCAUUUCUUCAGUCUGGUCCAGCACCAGCUCAACCAUACGGGGGAGAAACCAUAUUGGUGCUCAGAGUGUGGGAAAAGCUUCAACCGAUCCUCUAACCUGGCCCGACACCAGCUGAUCCACACAGGGGAGAAGCCACAUCAGUGCCCAGAGUGUGGAAAGAGCUUCACUCGCUCCUCAGGCCUGGCUGAGCACCAGCGUAUCCACACAGGGGAGAAGCCACAUCAGUGCUCAGAGUGUGGGAAGAGCUUCACUCGCUCCUCAGGCCUGUCCCAGCACCAGCGUAUCCACACAGGGGAGAAGCCACAUCAGUGUUCAGAGUGUGGAAAGAGCUUCAGUCAGUCCUCCAGCCUGGCUCAGCACCAGCGUACCCACACUGGGGAGAAGCCACAUCAGUGCUCAGAGUGUGGGAAGAGCUUCACUAACUCCUCAGGCCUGACUGUGCACCAGCGUAUCCACACAGGGGAGCAGCCACACCGGUGCUCAGAGUGUGGGAAGAGCUUUGCUUACUCCUCAGGCCUGACUCAGCACCAGCGUAUCCACACAGGGGAGAUGCCACAUCAGUGUUCAGAGUGUGGGAAGAGCUUCACUCAGUCCUCCAGCCUGGCUCAGCACCAGCGUACCCACACUGGGGAGAAGCCACAUCAGUGCUCAGAGUGUGGGAAGAGCUUCACUUACUCCUCAGGCCUGGCUCAGCACCACCGUAUCCACACAGGGGAGAAGCCACAUCAGUGCUCAGUGUGUGGGAAGAGCUUCCCACACUCCUCCACCCUGGCUCAGCACCAACGUAUCCACACAGGGGAGAAGCCACAUCAGUGCUUGGAGUGUGGGAAGAGCUUCACUCAGUCCUCCAGCCUGGCUCAGCACCAGCGUAUCCACUCAGGGGAGAAGCCACAUCAGUGCUCAGAGUGUGGGAAGAGCUUCACUCGGUCCUCCAGCCUGGCCCAGCACCACCGUAUCCACACAGGGGAGAAGCCACAUCAGUGCUCAGAAUGUGGGAAAAGCUUCAUUCAGUCCUCCCACCUGGCUCGCCACCAGCGUAUCCACACAGGGGAGAAGCCACAUCAGUGCUAGGAGUGUGGGAAGAGCUUCACCCAUUUCUCUAGUCUGGUCCACCACCCACUCAACCAUGCAGGGGAGAAGUCAUAUCGGUGCUUGGAGUAUGGGAAAAG